AUGACAAUUCCAGAUACAGGGGCUACCUCGGUGAUUAACUGUCAAAUGGACACUGGGUCGACUUGCAAUUUAAUUAGUCGUCUCGAGUAUGGAAAGCUGGCGCAGGAUUUGAAUCCAUUACUAGAACUGAGUAAAGUUCGCUUGAAACUGUAUGACAACACAAGACUACAACCCAUUGGAAAAUGUGACAUUCGAUGUCAAGUGGGUAAGGUGACCCAAACUCUGGAAUUUCUGGUUGUGGAUGUUGAACAGACACCGCUGUUAUCUGCCGAAGCGUGUGAACUAUUAGGAUUAUUGACUGUCAACUCGGUGAACUGUGUCAAAUUGUCAGAUAAGCCAUUAACCCUGCAUGACAUAAUGAAUGAAUACAGUGACCUGUUCGAAGGCCUUGGUCAAUUGCCGGGAGAUUAUCAGAUCGACAUAGAUCCUACAGUUAAACCGGUUCAACAUCACCCGAGGAAAGUGCCUGAAGCACUUAAGAAAGACUUGCGUAAGGAACUUACAAGGCUCGUAGAGAAGGGUGUUAUACAGAAAGUGACAACCCCAACAGAUUGGAUUAGCAGUAUGGUUGUUGUCAGGAAGUCGUCGGGAAAACUCAGAAUUUGUAUUGACCCGAAGGACCUCAAUAGCGCGAUAAGAAGGUCACACUAUCCUAUGACAACUGUAGAGGAUAUCUUACCAAACCUCUCAAAGGCGAAAGUCUUCACAGUGCUAGAUGCAAAGGAUGGUUUCUGGCACGUGAAACUGGAUACACCGAGUAGUUAUUUAACUACCUUCUGGACUCCAUUCGGACGUUAUCGAUGGAUUCGCAUGCCUUUCGGAAUCUCUUCGGCGCCCGAGGAAUUCCAACGCAGACAGCAUGAGGCAUUUGAAAAUCUCACAGGGUCAGAGGUCAUAGUUGAUGAUAUCUUGGUAUACGGGAGCGGAGAUACCAUGCAGGAGGCGAUUCAUGACCAUGACAUUAACCUCAGAGCCACACUCGAAAGAGCGAAAUCAGUAGGAAUUAAGCUGAAUCGCGACAAACUCAAGUUACGACAAACUGAAGUACGGUAUAUGGGACAUCUAUUAACCUCGGACGGUAUUCGCCCUGAUCCAACAAAGGUUCAAGCUAUUACGGAGAUGCCAAAACCCACAGACAUGAAGGCGGUACAGCGCUUUGUAGGAUUUGUCACUUACCUCGCAAAAUUUGUACCACAUCUUUCGGAGACGAUCGAGCCGCUUCGUCGACUUACAAUGAAAGACGCAGUCUGGACAUGGCAAUCGCAGCAGGAAGACGCAUUCCAGAACGUUGUGAAACAAAUCACCAGUCAGCCCGUACUGAAGUACUACGACUUAAACAAGGAAGUCACUAUACAAUGCGACGCUAGCGAAGUAGGUCUUGGAGCUGCGCUGCUUCAAGAUGGAUUACCUGUCGUUUACGCUUCGCGAGCUCUUUCGUCAACCGAGCAACGAUACGCUCAAAUUGAAAAAGAAUGCCUAGCAAUCGUGUUCGCAUGCGAAAGGUUUGAACAAUAUAUACUGGGCAGAGACUUUGUGACAGUAUGCUCAGAUCAGAAGCCACUUGAAAGUAUUUUCAAGAAACCCCUUAAAGCAGCACCUAAACGGCUUCAAAGGAUGUUGCUACGCCUGCAAGCCUACACCCUGAAGGUGGAAUACAAGAAGGGGAAAGAGAUGUAUGUAGCCGAUACUCUCUCGCGAGCGUAUUUACCCCUCGAGAGCUCAGUGGAAUCUAGUGCGCGUAGACUAGAGUAUGAACAGGUUAACUUCACUGAAUCGCUCAAUGUCAGUGAGCCGCGACUCGGACAGAUUCAGACGCACACAACGCAAGAUACGUGUCUACAGACAUUGAAAUCGGUAAUACUGUCUGGCUGGCCUGAUACCAAAGAGGAGGUACCAGUUACAAUUCGCGAAUAUUGGAACUUCAGAGACGAACUCGCAGUGCACAACGGAAUUCUAUUCAAAGGAAGCAGAGUUGUGAUUCCGAAGUUACUCCGUAAAGAAAUGUUGACCAGGAUACAUUCAAGUCACCAGGGGAUAGUGUCAUCCUUGAGUAAGGCUCGUGGAGUGAUUUUCUGGCCAAACAUGGGUAACGAAAUACGAGAUCAUAUCCAGCAAUGCGGGACCUGUUGUGAGUACGACAUUCGUCAGCAGAAGGAACCCUUGAUAACGCAUGAUAUUCCCGACCACCCAUGGGGGAAAGUCGGAGUAGACCUGUUUACACUGCAGAAAACAGAUUAUCUAGUGUCGGUUGACUAUUAUUCUGAUUUCUGGGAGAUUGAUACACUAUCAGACACUACAGCAGCCACAGUGAUUGCCUGCUUGAAAAGACAUUUCAGUAGACAUGGCAUCCCAGACAUCGUUAUGUCAGAUAACGGACCACAAUUCAGUAGUGCUGAAUUCGCAGAAUUCGCGCGCGAGUGGGAAUUUAGUCAUACCACUUCAUCACCUUACCAUAGCCAGUCGAAUGGUAAAGUUGAAUCAGCAGUCAAGAUAUCCAAAACCAUCUUGAAGAAAACCAUUAGGAAUGGUCAGGAUCCAUGGAAAGCUAUUCUUGAUUGGCGGAACACCCCUACAGCAGGAAUGGACAGUAGUCCUUCCCAAAGACUGAUGUCGCGACGAACAAAGGGAACGCUACCUGUCGCUGCUGUGCUUUUGCAACCAUGUGUCGUCGCAGACGUUGAUGAGCGCAGAGUGCGAAAACAACAACGCGCCAAACAACAGUACGAUAAAACCGCGAAAGAACUUCCAGAGCUUAAAAUUGGACAGCCAGUACGUAUGGCCCCGUUACCAACUGAUCGCGAUAAAAAAUGGAGAUUUGGUAGAUGUGUAGACACUUGUGGUCAAAGAAGUUAUGUGGUCGACAUAGCUGGUAAGCUAUAUAGGCGUAACCGUAAAUUCAUCAGCCCAACUCGGGAGGACUCGCCAUCAUCGUGUACUGAUGUUAUCGAGUAUGAGUCAUUUCCGACAAAUACUAGUGCUACCCCUAUAACCAGUACCGUACGUGAUCCAAUGGCGCCCAACACACCUGGAAUACGCCCAGAACAACCUGGUCCAAAUAUUAACACUACUCCUGGUCCCAAAGGCACCACUCGGAGUGGCAGGAUGGUGAGAGCACCAGUUAAGCUGGAUUUAUAGACUUGUCGCGUUCUGAUUUAUAGACUUAUCGCGUCGCGUUGUGAGUUAUAGAACUUUCAGUGUUAUUUUGACUUAUAGCGUUUCUUCCAGUUAGAACAAUAGUUCUUUUAUUGACUUUAAAUUUUCUUUGUGUUCCUUAAAGAAAGGGAGAUGUUACAUAUAGCUAAAUAUGUUGGAGCUCGUACUGAGUAUUAUUUGUAUGUACACCGAGACCGGUGACGUCAUGAGUUUUGGGAGUUAAUAAAAUGUCGCCUUACAUAAGCGUGUUGCUAGUCCUUACAAUGGUGACACGAAUAUUUCCUCAGCUGACAACAUAAAAAUCGC